CAGCAAGCACUCGAUAUGUCUCACUCGCCGGAGCCGCCUGUGUACUGCUACAAAUGCAAGCAGAUCAUCGAGCAGCGCAUCAUCACGGCAUUGGGCCAGACCUGGCACCCGGGCCACUUUGCCUGCAAGGACUGCGAGCAGCCCAUCACAGAUGCCACCUUCAACAUUCAGGACAAUGAGCCCGUCUGCACCGACUGCUUCGUGAAGAACUAUUCGGGCACAUGCUUUGGCUGCAAGCAGCCCAUCAUGGAGCGCACCAUCAAGGCCAUGGAACAGUCGUGGCACGAGGAGUGCUUCCAGUGCAGUGGUCCGUGCAAGAAGCCACUGGCUGGCACCUCCUUCUACGAGCGCGACGGCCAGCCCUACUGCCGUGUGGACUACGAGCAGCUCUUCGCCAUCCGCUGCGCCGGCUGCGACCAGCCGAUCACAGACAAUGCGAUCGUUGCACUCAAGGCCAAAUGGCAUCGCAGUUGCUUCAAGUGCAAGAAGUGCGGCGCUCCCAUCACGGCCAGCACUUUCGCCGUGGAGGAGAACCAGCCGAUGUGCAAGGAUUGCUCGGGCUAGGAGCUGCCCCUCCUGCCCCUCCACACUAGCACCAGCAAGUACCCUUACCCACACGCACACCCACACACCCACACACACCCCACACUGGCUCCACACUUCGAUAUCUAUUGUGGAUGAUCUAUUAUUAUGGUAUUUGUAGUCAGUGAAGCGAUCGCCCGCGGAAAGAGCGCGCACAACUUUUGGGAUUUUCACAUUUAAAUUUUGGAUUGUUGGAUUAGACAAGAACACGAUAAAUGCAUUUGGCACACCUGUCGAGCGCCUGCAGCAGUGCGUUUUGGGUGGCCCGAGGAGGAGGAGGCAGCAUGGCGCUGAUUGAAUGCUGCCUGCUGGCUGCUGGCUGUUAAUGCUUACAAUUAAUUAUUAUAAAUCUGUUUAGUUGAUAGGCACAAAACAAUUGUUGUCCACACACAAACAAACACACACACACAAACAAACACACACACAAAGCUUUCUUUCAAUUGUUACCCGUCCGCCCUCUGGAUUAGACCCUCUCUUGAUUGCUUUUCGUAACGCACAAAAGUAUCUGAUAAACGAAAUACAAUAAAUAAACAUUAAUCUGAACAGCUACAGAAUA